AUGUCUGAUACAGAGAUGACUGAAGCCUCUCCCGUUGACACCUUGCCGCAACCAAACGACGGUGGCCGCAUGCAUAUGUCCUCUUUGUCUUCAUCUUCAUCUAUAUCUGACGCCGAGACUGAACGCCGCGGCCGAUCUGAACGACCCCGUAUGGCGAGCCGAAAACCCAGUGCAUCUAUUCUGGUACCCCGUGAUCACCCCGAAAUUGAAAUUGAGGAGGAGGAAUUUCCCCCAGACGACGCCCGUGCCAUGAGUCCUCGAAGGAACUCUGCCGACUUAGAACGGCUGAGCAAGGAGGCUCGACAAACUCUCCAAGAACAGGCCAAGGCCCUCCAAUCGUCAUUGCAAGCCCUCGCUGAACGAAUCGAUGUCGUCAAAUCGGACCAUGACAAGCUGGAGAAGGACAACAAGAUUUUACAAGAUUACAUUGGUGGACUCACCCGCAAUAUGACCAAAGGCGACUUAACUCGAAGUACGAAAGGACGCAAAGCGCAUAAGUAG